ACAAACGAGCCACUCCCCUUUUCUCAUUUUCUCCUGACCCUAUGUGUUUAUUUUGGUAUGCUCAAAAACGGCUAACUAGCUAUGAGUGUAUAUUCAGCAUUCUGCUUGUUACUGUGCCUCCUGUUGGUAAUUGGUGAAUCUUCAUUGGAGAAAGAUGGAGCACCUUGGAAGAGAAGCUCAAAUGCAAACAUCGCCCCACUCUCAGAUGACAUAGAUGAUAACUUCCAGUCAAAUUUCAGACAAAGCCUGAGUGAAGUGGACACUCUACUGAGACCAUUUUUGAUACACACACAAGAUGGCUUCCUUGUGCUAGUAAAUGGAAGUCAAACAAGAAAUUUGACCAUUUCCACUACUGUCUAUCAACAUUUGAAGGUGGUAAGUCAUCUUCCAGUUAGUGCUGUAUCCUUACUCCUACCAGAGCUCCUUGAUGCCAGACGGGUGCUAACAAAUUCAAGUGAAACACGACAGAGUCUUGUGGACCUUCGAGAAUAUGCUGAAAAUCUGUACUCAUUGAUUAACUCAACAUUGACAACAUUUUUCACAAAUCAGCAAUCCAAUAGGCAGCAAGAGAUCAUUCAGAUUGUCCUGGAUUUCCUAACAAGGGUACUGGAUGGAUCCAUCGACAUCACUAUGAAGAACUUGAUGUUUCUCAUGGAGUCUUUGUCCGAUCACCUUGCGGCCAACUCUCAAGACGCUGUGUUGGACUAUCUUAUAUGUUUGAACAGGACUAUAUCAAGUCUGGGAGUGCCACAGAAGGUAUUAACUGAGGAAUUGGUUGUAAUUCUGUCAGCUGAUCCAUUCUCUAUCACUGGAAGUUUCGUACAUCAGUACUACGUGCAGCUGCUGAAUAUCAACCCAGAUUCACAAAGAAUAAUUUUGAGACCCCGUACUACCUCAACAAAUUGCAGUGCUUCUCCUACUGACUCCUAUCAGCCACAGCUGUUUGAUACCACCCUGUUUCAAUCCAUCAGCAAUAUCUUUUACAAUGACAGUUUUACCUCUCUACAUAGCGAACUAUCUCAAGCAGCAGCUGGAAUUAUAUGCUCAGACAAUCUAACGUUAUCAUCAUGUACGACUGAGUCUGCAGUUAAAGGAUUCUAUACUCGACUGGAAAAAGGCUACAUUGUGUUGAUGAUGAUUUUUGGUGGUUUUGCAGUGUUCUUUGGAGUCAUCGUGGGCUGUAUUACAUAUGAAGACCGUGUAAUGGCCUCUGAAAGGAAGACACAAGAAAAACAAACAAAUUUCAAGUUGGAAGGGCCGAAUGUGUUCACACCAGUCAGUUCCCUACGAGAAGAUCAGGACUCAGUAGCAUAUCAACAUUCUACAGAAACUAUGAGCCCUUUAUUAAGUAUGAGUACGUAACUCAACCUUAUAGCAAUGUUUGUAUAAACUUAUGCGUAUAAUAAUUAUAUACAUACAUGUAGCUACAUCAAUUGAGUGCUUAGUGUUGUAAAACUUGCAUGUUUACUUUGUGAUUUUGUUUUAUCGUUUGUUGACUCACAUUA